AUGGUAAGCCAGCCGGAAAUUCCCUAUGACAGGAAAUCAAUGCCCGGCCAUCGCUCCUACUUCGAAAGCCUCUGCCGUAUUAUUUCUGUGGUGCUGGAGAUGCUGCGGGGACUUAUGUUGUCGCACCAUUCUCAUCUGCGGUACCAUGAAAUCCGCGAGUAUAAACAGCGAAUAGAGCGCAUUCUUGCAGAUACUACCCCUCAUUUGCGUUAUCGGGAACGCUGCGUCACAUUGGCUGAACAUAUUGAGCGGACGGAGUUGCGGCUACACUCAUCUUACUAUAUCUCAGUUAUGUGUCGAGUAUCCUUGGACCCAGACGCACCGCUGGAUGACCAGCGACGGGCGGUGGUCCGAGAGGACUGUAUAACCAAUCUCAUGAACACGAUUGAAGCUUUCAUUGAGCUGCAUUCACUUCAUUCCCAUUGCUCGCGUAGCUGGGUCAGUCUCCAGCGGACCAUCGCAUCCGCGUUCCUGCUGGUUGCCAACAACAACGACCAUAUUCACCCACGGACGUGGGAGUUGACUGAGAAAUUAGAGGCCGUCAUCGCCGAGCAUGUGACUGGAGAUGGAAAUGUAAACCACAACACCCGGACAGAUUCGGCCAGGCAUUUGGCAUCCUCUCUCCGCGCUCUCCGGGAAGUGAGUGCUGCGUUCUAUUCUAGGAAGAAGAAGAAGAAGAAGAAGAAGCAGGCAUCAGCCCUAGCCCCGGAAGCUAUUUCCCCGAAAACCGUGCUCACCUCACCCGCUUCGGUAGCUGCCACCGCCUCAUCGCCUUAUGCUGCCAGAUACAGUGUCAGUUCCUCCGAGGACGGACAUAUUGACAACAUCCUAAAUCAGGUGUCGGAUGUGAUGUUGUUCCCUACCCUGAACAUGGGCACUUCAUGA